UUCUUUCUUUCCUUCAUUGGAACCUAUUUCCACACACACACAAGGAUGAAAUUGUUCUCUACAGCUGCCCUAUUCGGUCUUUUCUCUUUGGCCGUCUCUGCCGCUGACGUCUUCUAUGGCCUCAACUAUGGUAUAAAUACCAACGCUUGUCCUAGUCUAGACCAGCUCAAGGCUGACUUUACCAAGAUCAAGCAAUACACAAACCGAGUGCGUGUGUUUUCGUUGUCCCCCUGUAAUCAAGGACAAUUAGCUCUACAAGCAGCUAAUGCCUUAGGCAUGAACAUCUAUCUCGGUAUGUGGAUCGAUCGUCCUGAUACAUUUGCAAGCGAGAUGCAAGCCUUGACAAACAUCAUCAACUCUGGUGAAAGCCUCAGUCGUGUGGAUGCAGUCAUUGUUGGCUCUGAGGUGCUCUACCGCAACGACACCGACGCCAACACACUGGCUCAAUACAUACAAAAGGUCAAGGCCCUGGUCAAGCCCAAGGGAGUCAGUGUGACCAACGCAGAUGUCUAUUACAAGUUCCCUCCUGUCGUUGUCGAACAGCUGGACUUUUUGAUGAUGAACGCAUUCCCUUACUGGGAGGGUGUCACGGCUGACCAGGGAGCAAACACUCUGAUGCAACACUAUCAGUCUGUGGUCAGUAUAGCUCAAGGCAAGCCCGUGCGUAUCUCGGAAACAGGUUGGCCAACCGCUGGUGACAACUUUGGUGCCUCAGUCCCCUCUGCCGAGAAUCAGAGACUGUAUCUCUCCAACGUGCUCUGCCAGACACGUCAAAAGAACAUUGACAUGAUCUGGUUCUCUGCGCUUGAUGAGCCUUACAAGACAGGCGUUGAGCAACACUGGGGUAUUAUGAACUCGGAUGGAAGUCUCAAGUCGGCACUUUCACCUAUUACUAGCCUUGGUUGCUAAUUGCCUCUCUUUUAUCUCUCUCUCUUUUAUCUUUCGGUUGUCAUAGCAUCAAUCCAUACAGAUGCUCCUAUGACAAGAAAACAUAAUAAAGUAACAAAAAUGUAAUACAAACUGUCUUUAUUUUCUCUUUCUCUUUCUCUCUUU